AUGGCCAAACUUGCCCAAAUUAUCUUCUUAAUGGCUUCCAUAAUAAUGGCCGCUACCAUCGUCAGAGCAUACAAUGUUCUUCUCGGCGUCUGCUUAGGCCUCAGCGGCGACAACCUACCUCCACCGUGGAAGAUGGUGCAACUCUGUAAAAAAUAUAGCAUUCGUCGGAUCCGAUUGGAUGAACCAAACAUCGAUGUUUUGAAUGCAUUUCGCGGUGCGGAAAUUGACCUCUCUUUCGGCAUACCAAAUGACAUGUUAACGGAUAUGGCCACAAAUAAAGCUCUUGUAGAAGAGUGGUUCAAUACCUACAUUAAACCCUUCGUUAAUGAGUUCAAAAUUAAUUACGUCAUUGUUGGCGACAAGGCCAUCCCAGGCCUUGACAUUUGCAUAUUGCCAGUCAUGAUGUCCUUUCAAGAUCUCCUCAAUGCAAACUAUAUUGGACAAGUGAAGCUCACUACGUUGGUCGGGUACAACGCAGCAUUAGCCUAUAAAGACCCUCCAUCGAGCGGGGCAUUCCAUCCAACUAUAAGCGAGAACAUGAGAGGCAUCCUCAAAUUCUUAUCAGAAGAAGGGUCACCUUUGAUGGUUAGUGUAUUCCCAUAUCGAAAAUAUAUGUUUGAUGGGGGUAUAAGUUUGAAUUACGCGAUAUUUAACGAGACAGAGCCAGUAGUUCGUGAUGGAGAAUUGAACUAUUACAACUUGUUCGAUGCAAUGGUGGAAGCAGUUUAUGCAGCUAUCGACAAAGAAGCGGUCGGAGAUGUGACUGUUGUAGUUGGAGAAACUGGGUGGCCGACUUGUGGAAGCGAUGAUGAUGCAACGCCGGCGAUUGCGGAGGAGUACAACAAGAAAUUUGUGAGUCAUAUUUGCUCUGGCAAGGGGACACCAAGGAAGCCAAAUGUUUUUCUUGAAGGUUUCAUACAAAGUAUAUUCAAUGAAGAUGAGAAGCCUCAAGGGGACUCACAAUGCUAUGGGAUGUUUGAUAUCAACAUGAACCCUAUUUAUUCAUUAUCUUUAGUGCAAUGA